UUUUCUCGUUUAAAAUUGUGUGCCUACUGUCCAAAUUCGUCAGCCAGCAUAAUUUUGAUACUUUUAUUCGUAAUUGGCGCGGAUUGACACCGGUCUGCGAGACCCCUCAACAAAUGAGAGCGCGGAGUGCAGCGUCCCGCCUUCAGUGUAAUCAAUCCGAGGAUCAGCGCGUGUCCCAUACAGUACAUUGUUAUGUUGCCGACAGUGGAACCAGGGAAUAUUACUUCACGGGGUUUGAAUCACAGCGCAAAGCCGUUCUGAGCCCUGAAAUAUUGACCUACGUUGAGGCGUCCGGUAAAGGAGCUUGAAGUAGGGACAUGGGUGACAGAUUUGUGGUUGUUCCCGUUGGGCAGGACUCCGACCGUGACCCUGACAGCAGCGGAGGGGCAGCUGGGGACUCCUUAAACCAACAAGACGCGGUUCCUAUCCUCGAGUAUAGUAGGGAACCCAACAAAUACGGCGAUGGCAACCCGAAGGAAAGCAGUCCCUUCAUCCACAACACUGACAACGACAGAGGCAACCUGUACGAUGGCAAGAACAUGGCUCUCUUCGAGGAGGAAAUGGACAGCAACCCCAUGGUGUCGUCUCUGCUCAACAAGCUGGCUAACUACACCAACCUGACCCAGGGGGCACAGGAGCACGAGGAGGCCGACGACGACGAGGGCCCCGCCAAGAAGAAGGCUGUCAAGGGGAUGAAACAGAAGAACAGGGCCACUGCCAGAGGGACGUGCAUCUAGGUUCACCUGUCUGUGUUACUGUCCAGGGGAUGAAACAGAACAACAGGCUCAGGAGACGCUGAAUGGAUACUGGAGUUUUUUCGAAAUGCAUUCUCUCCCUCGCU